UGGAAGGGGGCGCGCAGCGUCACGUGGUGUAAGAGAUGGCGGCUCCCGGGGAGCGAGAGGCGGGCGGCGCUGCCGAGGAGGCGUUCCUCACCUUUUACACGGAGGUAAAACAAAUAGAAAGGCGAGACUCUGUUUUAACAUCCAAAAACCAGAUUGAGAGACUCACUAGGCCUGGAGCAUCCUAUUUCAAUCUGAAUCCAUUUGAGGUGUUGCAGUUGGAUCCUGAAGUUACAGAUGAAGAGAUAAAGAAAAGAUUCCGUCAGUUGUCCAUAUUGGUGCAUCCUGACAAAAACCAAGAUGAUCCUGAAAGAGCACAGAAGGCAUUUGAAGCUGUCGACAAAGCAUACAAGUUGUUGCUGGACCAGGAACAAAAGAAGAGAGCCUUGGACGUGAUACAGGCUGGGAAGGAAUAUGUGGAGCACAUUGCAAAAGAGAAAAAGAAACAGUUAAAGAAGGAAGGCAAGCCAACCAACAUAGAAGAGGAUGAUCAAGAAGUAUUCAAGCAAGCAGUCUACAAACAGACAAUGAAGCUCUUCGCAGAACUUGAAAUUAAAAGGAAAGAGAGAGAAGCAAAGGAAAUGCAUGAGAGGAAGCGACAGAGAGAAGAAGAAAUAGAGGCUCAAGAGAAAGCCAAGCGUGAGCGAGAGUGGCAGAAAAACUUUGAGGAGAGUCGGGAUGGACGCGUGGACAGCUGGAGGAACUUCCAGACAAAAGCAAAAGGGAAGAAAGAAAAGAAAAAUAGGACCUUUUUGAGGCCCCCCAAAGUGAAGAUGGAGCAACGUGAAUGAGCCAGGUUCUUCCAGGCUCCAGUGGACACUCUGUAUCGCCACGUUUUAACCCCUUCUUGCUUUUCCAGUAGGAUCUUUGUUUUCAGUAUGAUUGAAUCUUGGUCAAAGUAUUUUCUGUCCUCUGCCCGUUUGCCUGAGGUUCAUGGUGUGAUGUCCAGGGCCAAACCUACUGCUCUUAGAACCCUUGGCUAACUUAGGAAGACACCACCAUCGCAUUUACUUGUAGUCCCUGUAAUUUAAUGUUCUGUAUUCCAAGGAUUUUGCUGUUCAAAUUGCCAUCAGGUCUCUUAACUUGUACAAGUGUCCAGCUCCAUGGCAAGUCCUGAAAGUGGGGCCUGGUGACUCCCCGUCUCGUCUAGGCCAGUUGUCAAGUUUUCAUUUGCUUCCAUUUCCGCUUGUCGGUAGUGAGAGUUGAAGCCUGGAAUGGAGAUAUGUAGUUGGACUUUGCGGAAGUUCCCAACUCAGCUGCAUGGAGCUGAAAUGAUCCCCUGGCUCUGAUUCACAGCUUGGCAACUCCUGGGUUCCGGGAUUGCAGAUGGGUGACUGGCCAUUCAACACCACCACCCCUGUAAAUAAAAAGAAUUGCAUUGAGUAUUCUAUUAGUGGCAAUGUUCUGUAUGUAAAAUAAAUUUUUACCCAAAA